AGAGAGUUUGCGGGGCAACACAACCCACAUCGGGUUUCUGUUCAAAGCCAGCUGGUCUGGCUUUAUUAAUGCAGGGCAUUUCUUUUAAUUUUUCAUUUUUUUAAUGAAUUUGAAAAAAAACUGUAACCGUUUGAUUAACCUGGCCCACAGCUGGAGCUGCAGGGUGUGACUUCCUGGGGAAGCACAAGAACGGCACCGGUGCCAACUAAACAAACAAAACCGCACUCUGAAACCUAAGAGGGUCUUCCUGGUAAAACUGUGUGCUGGAGCUGGAAGAACUGAAGCAGUUGAGAACACGGUACAGCUACUGGAAUCUUUGAAUUGAGCGGAGGAAGUCGAGAGAAGAAAGCCUGGUUUGGAGAAAAAGCAAGCCAAAACAGACGGACAAAAGAAGUUCAUAAGAGAAAGAGCGAAACGAAAAGACGGGGACAAUGGGGAGGAAAAAGAUUCAGAUCACACGGAUUAUGGAUGAACGCAACAGACAGGUGACGUUUACAAAGAGAAAGUUUGGCCUGAUGAAGAAAGCCUAUGAGCUGAGCGUGUUGUGUGACUGUGAGAUUGCCCUCAUCAUCUUCAACAGUACUAACAAGCUGUUCCAGUAUGCCAGCACAGAUAUGGACAAAGUGUUGCUCAAAUACACUGAGUACAAUGAGCCACAUGAGAGCAGGACCAACUCUGACAUUGUUGAGACCCUGAGAAAGAAGGGUCUAAAUGGCUGUGACAGCCCAGACCCCGACGCAGACGACUCAGUGGGCCACAGCCCAGAGUCAGAGGACAAGUACCGUAAAAUCAACGACGACAUUGAUCUGCACAUGAUCAGCAGACAGAGGAUAUGUGCUGUGCCCUCUUCCACCUACGAGAUGCCCAUCCCCGUGAAUAACCAGAUAUACCCAGGCAAUCAUAACCUGCUUCCACUGGCCCACCACGGCCUGCAGAGAAACAGCAUGUCACCCGGGGUCACACACAGACCACCUAGUGCAGGUGGUCUGAUGGGCACUGAUCUCUCCACUGGCGCGGGCACCAGUGCUGGUAAGGACGGCAUCCCCACAUACUACAGAAAUGGCUAUGGAAACCACCGUAACUCUCCAGGACUUCUGGUGUCCUCCGGAGGCAUGAACAAGAGCAUGCAGGCCAAGUCCCCUCCACCAGUGAACCUGGGGAUGAACAGCCGUAAACCUGACCUACGAGUUCUCAUCCCGCCCGGGGCCAAGAACAACAUGCCCUCUAUUAAUCAGAGAAUAAACAACUCUCAGUCCGCGCAGUCACUGGCGACCCCCGUGGUUUCUGUAGCGACGCCUACUCUACCGGGACAGGGAAUGGGCGGCUACCCAUCAGCCAUUUCCACCUCAUAUGGUACUGAAUAUUCUCUGAGCAGUGCGGAUCUCUCCUCGAUAUCUGGCUUUAACAGUGCUAACACACUGCAUCUGGGUUCAAUGAGUGGAUGGCAGCAGCAUCAGAUCCAGAACAUGCAGCACUCUGCUCUCAGUCAGCUGGGAAAUUGCUCUAGCACUCACUUAUGUCAGGGUUCAAAUCUCUCCCUGCCCUCUACUCAAAGCCUGCACAUCAAGUCCGAACCUGUUUCUCCUCCUAGAGAUCGAUCCAGCAGCACCACGCCCGCUGGCUACGGCCCACCACUGUCCCACCAGCAGCACCAGGGCCUGCCCCCACAGGGGCGACAGGACUCGGGCCGCUCCCCGGCUGACAGUCUCAGCAGCUGCGGCAGCUCGCAUGAAGGCAGCGACCGCGACGACCACCGUCCCGACUUCCAUUCGCCAUUAGGAUUGGGCCGGCCUGGCCUGGAUGAGCAAGACAGCCCAUCCGUCAAGCGUGUCCGCCUCUCGGAGGGGUGGGCCACAUGAUAAGCCAUGCCCCCCUUGGACAGCCCCAUCCUCGAUCUUGACCUCCCCAUGCGAAGCGGCUCACGCGCUAAUCAUUGCUCUCCCUUAUUCUCUGAUUUGCUGUAGAGAGGGGAGGAAGUGCUCUCGAAAUGACCUGUAUUUUUUUUUUUUUUUUUUUUUUUUUAU